AUGACAAUUUCAAACGAUUUCCCAACCGUCGUGGAAGCGCAUCCAGGAUCCAUUAUGUCUGAGAAGAAUACCAAUGGUUCUGGCAACUUGUCCAAGAAACUGCAUGGUCGUGCCUUUUAUCAAAGUAUCGGCAGUCCCAAGUUUGUUCUCGCCCCCAUGGUUGAUCAAUCCGAAUUCGCCUGGCGCAUGCUUUCUCGCUCGUUCAUGUCCCCAGAAUCAAACAAAUCUCUCCUAGCAUACACGCCCAUGCUUCACGCGCGCAUGUUUUCCGAGACUCCCAAGUUCCGCGAUGCGCAUUUUCAACCGCUGAAAAGCUCGCUCGUUUCUCAACUGAAUUCGCCAUCACUUACGUGUAGUGAUGAGCUAUUUCUUGAUGGAAACCCUGGGAUCGAUAGGCCUCUUUUUGUACAAUUCUGCGCGAAUGACGAGAAGGACUUACUCGAGAGUGCGAAAUAUGUAGCGCCGUUUUGUGAUGCGGUGGAUCUAAAUCUGGGUUGUCCCCAGGGGAUUGCGAGGAGAGGGAAAUAUGGGGCUUUUUUGCAAGAGGAUCAGGGACUUAUUUUUAAGUUGAUUAAUACUUUGCAUAAGGAGUUGGAUGUGCCUGUUACGGCAAAGAUUAGGAUGCUGGAAACGAAGGAGAAGACGUUGGAAUAUGCAAAGAUGGUGGUGAGUGCUGGAGCCAGUAUUUUGACGGUACAUGGGAGGACGAGGGAUAUGAAGGGCCAUAAGACAGGGUUGGCGGAUUGGGGGGUGCUGAGGUUUUUGAGGGAGAAUUUACCAAAGGAGGUUGUUCUUUUUGCGAACGGAAAUAUCUUAGCAAGAGAAGAUAUCGAUGAGUGUUUGAAAGCGACUGGUGCGGAUGGGGUGAUGAGUGCGGAGGGCAAUUUGUAUGAUCCGACAAUCUUCUCGGACGCGCCGGCCGUAGGUGAGGAAGGAAGAGAAUACUGGAGGAGUCUGGAUGAGAAGAUGGGAGGUUGGAGAAUGGAUGCUGUGUUGAGGAGAUAUAUGGACAUUAUUCACAAGUACGUUUUGCAGGUGUCGCCUCCUGCACGCAAACCCCUCUUUAUAUCCUCAGACCUGGUAGAAGAUUUAAAUGAAGAGGUGGAGGAGGAAGAGGAAGAGGGACCUCCGAAAAAGAAACAAAAGGGAGAAAAGAAGGAAAAAGCGACGAGCCCAAAUUUGGUCGCCAUGCAGGCGCAUUGUUUCAAACUGCUUAGAUCACUUGUUUCAAAACAUCAUGGGAUUAGAGAUGCAUUGGCAAAAUGCAGAACAGGGGAUAUACAAGCAUUCGAAGACGUCCUGCAAAUGACGGAGAAAGCUGUCAAGCAGGGUAUCAUAGAAUAUGAGAGGACGAAUGGGGAAAGUUACCGAGAAGAAGUUGAGAAAGCGGAGAAAGAAAGAGAGGAGAAGAUGAAGGGGGGAGGAAAAGGUGCCUGUGAGAGGGAUGGGUUCGAGGGAGGUGGUGAAAUCAAAGCGGGGGAGGAACUUGCGUUUGAGGAGAGCUCGUUGGAAAUGGUUAGGAGGUGUAAGAGGCCUUGGUGGGUGGUGCAGCCUUAUGUUCGCCUGUUACCGAAAGAGGCGCUGGCGAAUGGGAGCUUGACUUUGAGCAGGAAGGAGAGAGGUGGGAAGGGGAAGGGGAAGGGAAAAGGAGAGGCUAAUGGGGAGAAGGGGACCAACGAGGUUGGAGCUGAGGAGGAGGGAAAGGUGGAUGUACUGGUUCUGGGUGAUCAGGAGGGAAGCAAGGCAGAGCAGGAAAUAGUCGAGGUUCCAAAAGAUGGCUUAGUUUGUGGAUGA